UCAAAAUAAUUUAAAGAGCAACUGACAACAGACGAUCAGCUGCGUUUGUUGAUAUUUUUGUGUUUAUUUUAUGUUUAUUUGAAUCGUCAGAACUUAAUUUUUAAAGUUUACUUAUCGUUCUUUUCUUAUUGUUUUUCUUAUUUAUAAUGUCUGCAUUAAAAUAUUACUUUGAUUUAAUGUCUCAGCCUUCAAGAGCCGUUUAUGUAUUUUUAAAAAUUACUAAAAUACCCUUUGAACCCUACGCUGUGGCUUUAAGAAAAGGUGAACAUCGCACUGAUGAUUUCAAACAGAAUUUCAAUAAAUUUCAAAAAGUGCCUUUUAUUCAUCAUGGAGAUUUUAAAUUAGCAGAAAGUAUAGCAAUUGUUAGGUAUCUCUCAAAACAAUAUAAAGAUAACGUACCAGAUUAUUUAUAUCCCUCAGGCGCUAAAGAACAAGCCAAAGUCGAUGAGUUUUUGGAAUGGCAGCAUUUAAAUAUUAGACUUCAUUGUGCUCAAUAUUUUUGGUAUAAGUGGUUGAUUCCAAACAUUACCCAGUCGCCUCCAGAUGAUGAUAAAAUUGAAAGGCUUGAAAGUGCCAUGUUAGGAAGCAUAAGUGAUUUUGAAGACCUCUUUCUAAGUCAGGGACACAAGUAUGUUGUAGGAAAUACACUUACAGUUGCAGAUAUUUUUGCUGCAUGUGAGUUGGAACAGCCAAGAAUUGCAGGAUAUGAUGUAUGUCAAAACCGUCCAAAACUGAAAUCGUGGUUAGAUUCUGUUAAAAAAGACUGUGAUCCGUUCUUCGCUGAAGCUAAUGUUUUUGUUGAUAAAUUUGCUAAAAAGACUUUAGCUGCUAAAAUGUAAUUAACUUUAUAAAUCUUAAAGAUCAAGUUUUUUACACAUGAAUGUAAUAAGCACAACUUUUACAAUACUAGCUACUAAGUAUUCUUUUUUGAAAAAAAAUAUUUAAAUAAUAUUUUUGUUGGUCAGUUAAAAAAUAUAUUUGUAUUGUUGUUUAUUGUUAGAAUCAAAGAGGCGUGUUUUUAUUAUCCAAACUUAAAAAUAUUAAAAAUUAAUAUUUUUUAAGUUUUCUAUAUUAACGGGGAAAUACCUAGCUGUCCAGUAAUAAUGAAUGAUAUUUCGGGUUAAUGUUUUUUGAUAUCACUUUAGUUAACGUGCCUUAUCGCUAAAGUCUGUCCAGCGAGGGAAGGGACGAUUUUGACAGAUGACAUUAGAACCAUAAAAAUCAAAAACACUGUUAUAUUCUCUUGCUGGUCAAACUAUAGUUAAUAUAUAAUAUUUUCUUUAUUUUUUUUAUAUAUUUAUAUACAUUACAUUUUAUAUACAGGGUGGUCCGAGUUG